AUGCUUGCUCAAUACACAGACUUUGGAUGUACAAGCCCUGAUCCAUACUGCAUUUUCAACAAUGUCAAUUUCGGCUAUGGCCUUCGUGAUUGUUCUAAUGGUGCUUGCGGCACUGAUGUCGCGAGUACUGUUAUAACCUUUGGGAGCGCAUACUGCUCCGCUGCUUCUGCUACCCACACGGGAACAGUAACAACUACGGGAGUGGCUGCUCUACCUUCCUGUGGCCAACUCUGCUUCAAUAAUAUGCUUGCUCAAUACUCGGCUUUAGGAUGUACCAGUCCUGAUCCAAAGUGCGUUUGCAGCAAUGUCAACUUUGGCUAUGGUCUUCGUGAUUGCUCUAAUGGUGCUUGCGGUACUGAUGUCGCGAGCACUGUUAUAGCCUUCGGGAGCUCGUACUGUGGGUCUGCGACUGCCUCGCAAACUGUUUCUCCUACGUCGACUGCUUGUCAGGUCGUUUCGGGAUUGGCCAGCCCAGUGCCUUCGGGUGCGAUUUGUGGAUCGAAGGGGACCUCAUUUGCCGCCACAGGCGCCGGAACUAUUAUUGGGUAUAGUGCUGGCAGCAGCUAUGUUGGAAGUCUUGCUGCCUGUAGCGCACAGUGCUUGGCAACAUCGUGCUGUACAAAUAUCUAUUUCAUCCAAGGCCAAUCUUGCAACUUGCACUAUGGAUCAGACGGUUUCCAUGCCAUUGGAAAUCCCCUAUAUGAUUUCUAUGAUGCCGCAUGUUUCACAUGUGGGAAGUUAAGCUGCAAUACAUAG